AUGUGUUUAAAAUGUGUAAUGAAUUUUUAUCAAUGGAGCUUCAUCAACGCAAGCGGAGCAAACAGACAUGAUGAAAGGAAUUUUAAACAAACUAUUUCCCACUCCCUGAUAGAAUUUUACUUAUUUGACAGUAAAUUUAACGACCGAAGCCAGAACCUCGACAUGAUCAAGGAAAGGGAAGAAGAGAUACAAUAUUUAUUUAAGUCUUGUGAUCUGCCGAAAUGUCUGGUGAUUUAUCAUCAAUAUAAAAUUACUUUUGCGAAGAUUUCUAAUUCUUUGAAAACCACAAUCGGUUGGUUGAUUUCAAGUUCUACACCUGGCCGAACCAUAAAUGAAAAAAAUUCUCUUUAA